GCGAAGGUGCAGGAGCAACUCAACACCGAAGAGAUCGCUGGCUGACGCUCUCCCGUCUCUCACCCACACACCCUCUGCAGGUGAGAACACAAGAGCAACUCAACACCGAAGAGAUCGCUGGCGGACGCCCCCGUCUCUCACCCACAUACCCUCUGCAGCCUGUUGGAAUAAAAGUGUGUUUAGUUCAGAGCAGCAGCACUGUUGUCUGAGCCUCUCCUCUUCAGGCUCAGAAGAAUGGCCCUCAUCAGGAUCCUGAUUGCUGGGGGGCUGCUGAGCUGCGUCUACUCUCUCUGCUCCUCCAGAGGAACACCAGAGCCGUCUUUCAUGGUGACCUUUCCUGCCCUGAUAAGGUCAGGGUCAGAUGCCCAACUCUGUGCCAGCCUCCUGAGUCCAAAUGAGACUCUGCUCAUGUCCAUAUAUCUGACUAAUGGAGACGAGAAGGAGAAGAAGAAGAAGAUGAAGAGGCUUCUUCACCAGGAAACAUCAAACAAGAACUUUCACCGCUGUUUCCAGUUCCAGGCCCCUUCGGUAAAUAAAGACUCUGUGCAGAAGAUCAAAGUGGAGAUCAAAGGCCAAACAUCUCACUGGACUUCAGAGAGUCUGGUUAAGUUCAUCCCUGAACCUGCCCCCAUCACCUUCAUCCAGACGGAUAAACCCAUAUACAGCCCAGGCCAACUCGUGCACUUCAGAGUGGUUACCAUGGAUACGGAUUUCAUUCCUCUUCAUCAGAAGUACACCCUGGUGGCGCUUCAGGACAGCCGUGGCAACACCAUUGGCCAGUGGCUUAAUGUGACCUCGCAGAGAAUGAUUGUGCAGCUGUCUCACUACUUAAACCCUGAGGCGCUCCAGGGCAAAUACAAGCUGUCUGUGACUCGGGAACAGAGCGCGUUCUCACACGACUUUCAAGUGAAGAAAUAUGUUUUGCCCAAGUUUGAGGUGAUUCCAAACAUUCCCGAGGAGGUCAGCGUAGGUGCAGUGGAGAUCCGGCUGCAGGUGUGUGCAAAAUAUACAUUUGGUCAGCCUGUGCCAGGGAAGGCUUCAAUGGUAUUGUGUCGAGAUGCUGAUGGUCCCACACCAGUAAUAUGUGUGAAGGAACAGGGAGAAAUGGAUGAGUCUGGUUGUAUCUCUAAAGUUUUCAACAUGGCAACAUUUACACCACCGGCCUUCGCCAGGAAACUGAAGGAUGUGUUGAGAUUCAGUGCCACAGUAGCUGAGGAGGGAACAGGUAUCAGUCGAUCAGAGAGCAAAAACAUACGGUUGGUCUACAUCCUUGGGAAACUCACCUUUGUUGAUACACCAGAUGUGAUUGAGGACGGGGCAGUUAUGGAGGGCAAGAUCAAAGCAACCCAUUACAACGACAUGGGCAUCGCUGACAGGACCGUCCAUCUGUUUAAAGGUCCGAAGUGGAACGCAGAGCUCUUACUGAACCUGACCACAGACUCUGAUGGAGUGGCCCAGUUCUCUCUCAACACGACUACUUUCACAGGAGACUUUGAGCUCAUCGCCAGCCUCGAUACAGACAUCAAAAGAUACAGACCGUUUCGUACCCCAUACUAUGACUUGGCAUCAAAGUCUGUGUCCAGACUGAAACCUGCAUCUUCAGACACAGCUUCAUCCGGCUCUCUGACCAUAAAGGCUAUAGAUGAGCCUCUUCAGUGUGACAAAGACACACCCAUCAGCAUUAAGUACACGUUCACUGGGGAGACAUUCAACUCAGACUCUGUGGAUAUAAUUUAUAUGGUUUUAUCCAAAGGAGAGAUUGUUCACCAUGGCUUCACUGAGGCUUCAGUGAAGGCUUCAGGGAAGGGUUCCCAACCCGUCAUCACGGGAGAGGUGUCCUUCAAGCUGCCUGUCAAUCCUGGGAUGGCCCCCUCAGUGCAGGUUCUGGCCUACUGUGUCUUACCCAGUGAGACGGUCCUGGCUGAGAGCAGAACCUUCUCAACUGAGAAGUGCUUCAGAAACAAGGUGUCACUGAAGUUCUGGCCCCCUAAAGCGGUUCCUGGAGAGAGGACCUCCAUGUAUCUGUCAGCUCAGCCUGGCUCUCUGUGUGGCAUCAGUGCUGUGGAUCAGAGCGUCUUAAUCCUGGAACCAGGGAAGCGCCUGAAUGCCCAGAAGGUUUUUGACAUGCGACCGUCAAUGAACUCGUAUGUGAGUUAUGAUGUUGAGGAUCCAGUGGAGUGUCUGAAAGUGAGACUUCGGCGAUCUUCUAUACCCUACUACCCAGGCCGACACUCAGACACUGGUGCCUUUGCUGUUUUCAGGAGAUUGGGACUGAAGAUUGCAACUAAUCUGAUUUUACGGAUUGACUGCUUACUCUUUAGGGGAGACACAUUCCGCAAGGGAUUCGCAUAUCGUCGAUUUGGCGAAGCGGUUCCCGAAGUGCUUGCUUUAAAUGCUGCAGGACCUCUUCCUCCUCCAGGACCUCCUCCUGAGGAUGUUGUGACUGUUCGUACAGUCUUCCCAGAGACAUGGCUCUGGGGCCUUGCAGGGGUCGGAGAUUCUGGACAAUCACAAUUCCCCCUCACUGUCCCUGACACCAUCACCACCUGGGAGACUGAGGCUUUCUGCCUGUCCCCCCAGGGCUUUGGUCUGGCCCCACCAGUUCAGCUCACAGUUUUCCAGCCCUUCUUCCUGGAGCUCUCCCUGCCAUACUCCAUCAUCCGUGGAGAGACCUUUGAGCUCAAAGCAACGGUUUUUAACUACCUGCCAAAGUGCAUCAUGGUUACAGCGACUCCAGCCCUUUCAUCAGACUUCACUCUGGCCCCCUCCUCUGGUGGCCGGUACUCCUCAUGUCUGUGUGCAAAUGGCAGGAAGACCUUCAAAUGGACACUGGUGCCCUCUGUACUCGGAGAGGUGCCGGUGACUGUGAGUGCUGCAGCUGAGCAGUCCCAGACUGGGUGUGGCAAUGAGGUGGUGACUGUCCCAGAGAGAGGCCGCAUAGACACAGUCACACGCCCGCUCAGGGUGAAGGCUGAAGGAACCGAGAAGACUGAAAGUUUCAGUUGGCUCUUAUGUCCAAAGGGGGGCGCUCUAAUAGAGGAGGUGGAGCUGAAACUCCCAAUGAAUGUAGUGAGGGGAUCAUCCAGAGCUUCAGUUUCUGUGCUGGGAGACGUCCUGGGUCGUGCUCUGAAGAACAUUGGCAGUCUCCUGAAGAUGCCAUAUGGUUGUGGGGAGCAAAAUAUAGCCAUCCUCUCCCCAAAUAUCUACAUUCUACAGUACCUACAGAACACUAACCAGCUCACUGAAGAAAUCAGGGAGAAAGCCACCAAUUUCCUCAAGAGCGGAUACCAGAGGCAGCUGAACUACAAGCACAGUGAUGGAGGCUACAGCACGUUUGGCAGAGGCGAGGGAAACACAUGGCUGACUGCAUUUGUGUUGAGAUCCUUUGGUAAAGCAAAGUCCUUCAUCUACAUUGAUCCAAAAAUUAUUACGUCUGCAAAGACUUGGCUUGAAGGAAGACUUAGACCAGAUGGCAGCUUCCAUAUGCAGGGGAAACUCUUCAACAACAGAAUGAAGGGCGGUGUAAACGACAAUGUAACAAUAACUGCUUACAUCACUGCAUCGAUGCUGGAACUGGACAUGUCUGUUACGGAAAAAACGAUGACGUUUCUAAAGUCCUCCGUCAGUGACCUCUCCAACACCUACUACACUGCUCUACUGGCCUACACCCUCAGUCUCGCUGGAGAAGACGACCUGCGAUCUCAACUUCUCAGACACUUGGAGAGUGUAGCAACCUCUGAUGGGAAUCUCCUGCACUGGUCUCGGUCCUCAUCAAAGCGAGCUGAUUCCCUGGCGGUGGAGAUGAGCUCUUAUGUGCUGUUAGCUGUUCUCACUAAAACCACACUGACUGCUGCUGACUUAGGGUAUGCUGCUAGGAUUGUCAACUGGUUGGUGAAGCAGCAAAAUCCAUAUGGAGGCUUCUCUUCCACACAGGACACGGUGGUGGCAAUGCAGGCUCUGGCUCUGUACGCCACCAAGGUCUUCAGCCCAGGUGGAUCCAGCACAGUGACGGUGCAGUCAGCAGGUGGGGACAAACACCAGUUUAUUGUGAACCAGCGUAACACAUUACUGUACCAGGAGAGGGCGCUGCGGGACGUUCCUGGGAAAUACAACAUAGAAGUGAAGGGCUCUGCGUGUGCUUCUGUGGGGGUGGCUCUUUUCUACAACAUCCCCACUUCCACUGAGCCCUCAACCUUGAGCAUUAAGACUCAAGCCAAGCCUCUGACUGAGGGAGAGUGCAACAAGAUCAAUGGACAGGCCUUCAAUUUAGACAUCACAGUCCAGUAUGAUGGACCACAGGAGAGCACCAACAUGGCUAUAAUAGAUGUGAAAAUGUUAUCUGGUUUCACACCUGACUCUGCCUCUGUUGAAAAGCUAGAGGGCAGCAUAUUUGUGGACCGAGUCGAUAAGAAAGAUGACCACAUCCUUGUGUAUCUGUCAGAGGUUCCGAAGGGUUUACCUGUCUCCUACCACCUGACCAUCCGACAGGAUCUCCCAGUGAACAACCUGAAGCCAGCAGUGGUCACGGUGUACGACUACUACCAGACCAGUGACAGGGCUGAGGCAGAGUACUCCUCCCCUUGUACGAGAAAGCCUCUGCAGGAAGUGUACAGAACGAAGGGUGGCUUCUGGCCGGAUUUUUAACAGGGGGGCAGCUUAAGAAGGAGGUCUUGAAGUGGAAAAUCUUUCAAAACAAUAUUUUAACAUUCCUGAUGUGUUAAUAUAUGGCGAUUAUGUAUUUGUAUACACAUUGGUAAUAAAUACUGCAAUUCAAAGAUA